UCUCUCUCUCUCUCUCUCUCUCUCUCUCUCUCUCUCUCUCUCUCUCUCUCUCUCUCUCUCUCUCUCAUUCCCUUCCUCACUUUCGCCACAACGCUGAACCGUCGCCAACUCUGCGCCAUGCUGAGUCUCCCUUCGAAAUUCCGAUGGCGUGCGGGGAUCCUUUUCCUCCUCGGCAGCAUAUGCUUGAUGCUGUCUUUCUCCAUCUUCAGUGGCCCUGCUUACCCCUUUAACGUGCCUCAGCAUUACGAAGGAAACUCGGCCGUAAGCAGAAGGCAGCUCGCUCGGCGCCUCCUGCAAGUCCAGAGGCAGAUCGAUAGUCUUGCGGGUAUGCAAGGUAAAGUUGAUGCUGCUUGGUCAAGGGAACUGUUGGCUGUAGCGGAGGAGAUAGACCCACGGGUAUCAUCUGAGGAUGCAGAUCUCCCCAUUCAGGACAGGAAGCAGCAGCGGAACAGCAGAGAGAUAACAAUCAGCGACAAAGCUGAGAAUGGUUCACUGCCUCCUACAGUCAGCCCAGUGGUGGCAGUGUGCCCUGAGGUGUACUUGGGCAGAGAGGCUGAUGUGAUGUACCAAAGCAAUUUCAGAACUGUUGAGUGCACAAAUGCCUUAGCUUUUAAGGAUUUAGUUACGGUCAUUCUCUCAACAAAGGGCUGGGAGGUAGAGAGGGUGAAAUUUGUUGCGAGACAAAUCCUGAAGCAUUAUGAUGUAAAUAUAUAUAUAUUAGUGUUUGGCAUAAAUGAAAAAAUAGAUGUUGAUAACACUAUUAUAAAACAUUACUCAUCAGGAGUCCUUGAAUCAAAAGCCAUAAAUAGUGUUUUGUCUUACAUCAAUACACCUUAUAUAUUUCUCACAAGUACGCUGACUCAUUUCUCAGAACAGUCUCCCUUAGAUCGCCUUGUUCGAGUCUUGGACGAUCUUCAUCACGUGGGAGUAGCCACAGGGGCUUAUAGAGACCUUAAGGGGCUGUGGCAUCAUGGCUGCUUACAAGCGACCAUGGAAAAUUACCAAUUGUCUUACGAGCGGGGGUAUGAACAUUCAAAAGAUGAAUGCAUGUACUGUGAUGAUGCACUUGGUCCAAUGCUGUUGAAAACUGAACUGCUGGUAAAGGUACCCAUGAAAGAGACUCUUGAGGGCUCAGUCAUGUAUCGGGACUGGUUUUUGAAUGUGCGACUGACUGGUUCACUUGUUGUAGCUUGUCCUGACCUGAUGUUCUUUGUUGACACUGAACCUGUCAUGGUGCAAAAAGACUGGCUCAGAGUGGCCCAAAUAUGGUCUGUCCAAUAUAUCCACCCAUAUGAUGGUGAGGAAUUGGAGUUUUCGUGUGAACAAGCUGAAAUUAAAUGUAACAAUCUCCUUAAAUCUGUAGCUCUGUUUCUUGUGCCUCCCUGUUGCAAGGAGAAGUUGCGUUAUGAACUUGGGCUCUUCCAAGAUUGUGCUGAAGAGCUUGGGUUAUAUUAUGAACUACAGGCUGGAAGCUUGCUAGGAGCUGUUAAAACUGAUGGCUUGCUUCCCUGGGAUUUUGAUACAGAUACUAUUACAGACUGUAAAGAUCAAUCCAUUUGGUUAUCAGAUGGUAUGAAAUGCAUGAAGAGAAAAGGGUGUUCGUCUAAACUUAUUGCUGGUAAUUAUUGGACAUCAACAUGUGAACAAAGCACAAUAGAUAUUACAUGUAGACAUAACACAACAAUCUAUUUACCAAAGGAAUACCGUCAAAUACCAACACAGAUCAUGUUUGAUGGAAGAAAAACGUGGGUUAAGGCUAACCCAGGACGUGUAGCAAGAAACAUGUACGGUCAUGAGUACCUGAAGCAUGCUGCGCAUUGGCGCCAUGUAAGUUUAACGGGAAAAGAUGAUGGAUCUGGAGGUGUAGGCAGUUGGAAGACCUGUAAAGAGCCAGGAUUUCACGCGUGCCUUGAUCAUUUUCCUGUUGAUGGAAACCUAAAAUUCAAAUGGAAAAAGCAAAAGAACUGAAUUAAAAUGUGUCUUGUCAAAUGCCCUGUUAUGAAUGGUAUGAGAAUGGUUCUUUUAUGUUUCAUAUGCAUGUGUUUCAUGCCUUAUUGUUAAAUAUUACUAUGCAUCUAGUCUCUUCGUUGUGUGAAAUGUAUAUAUUUGGUGAUAUAUUUUAGAUAGGGCAUUCUAGUGUUUAUUGAUUUGGCUUUAAGGAUUAUUUGAAGUAUAUUUUCAAAACUUCCUAAGCUUUUAAUGUAGGCUAAGUGCAAACAUUUGCUGCAUCUGUAAUUUGAAAAAUUUAGGUUGUUGCCACCAUGAAGGUGCUAAUGUCAGGUGCUUACAUUGCUAAUGGCUGUGUUAAAAAUACUGUUCCUUCUAUGCUGUGUGUUUGUAAUACUGCACAAGCUCUGAAGUGCCACUCAUUAUACUGAAACAUGUUUUGAUUCACCCAGGUGCAUUUCCAUGGUAUAUAUGCUGAUCUAAAUGUACAUAGAAUAUUAAGUUUUCAUAUUAAAAGAUUGCUGUAGGAACAUUUGGCAAAUAUAUUUUCUUACAUAAUUGAUUGCAAAUCUUGACAAAAAAAAA